AAAUUUCACUGUCAGAGCUGUUCGUACGAGAACAAGCAGUGUUUUGAUGCUACACGUGAGGUUUAAUUAAAUGAUCAGCUGCAUCCACGAGACACAAGGCAUUCAAAUAUCGUUAAAGGACAGGAUUUCUAAUUUUCAGGUUUUUUUGACGUGACGUUAUUUAGCCACAAAGCUGGGCAAGCUAUCAAACAGGAAGAAAUCAUUGCUGUCCUACCGACACCGACGACGGCUUGUUGUAAGUACUGGUUUAAUGCCUUUGCGGCUCAGCGGGCAGAGCUAAGGUUAACUAAUCUGGAUUCAUGCUUAUAAAACAUCGUAUCUGGAUUUGAACAACGAUGAAUGGGGAUUUAAUUCUGACAGAUGAUUAAAGGACAGCGGCGCUGCUCCCACCAAAACAAGGUCAGGGUGGAUUUAUAUUGUACUUUGGGACUCUGAUUUGUUUGAUACUCUUAUGCGGGUAAACUAAAGCAAAGACGGAUCAGAACCUAACCAAUCACAAUGCUUCUCGUCUAAGCCACGCCUUUCUCGCAGGCUUCGAUUAUUUUAUCGAACACACUUCCGGACUCUGAGCAGACAAAACGGUGGUGCUUAAGGUCGCGUAUGUUUUAAAAUAUAUAAAAUGAACAUAGACUGAAUGAAACGAACUUGACGCGAGAUACAGUACAUAAUGUAAGUGUUAAACCUAUCUAUCUCGUCCAAAGACAUCUCUUUUCAACAGCAGUGGCAGCAGCAGUUGUCUUACUUCUGUCCCCGUCCAGGUCCACCUUAACAAACCGAUGUCAGCUUUCAUGCAGGUUUUUGUGCAUUGACGUCAACCGUAUACAGCACAAAACAGAGGCUUUCUUCAUAUUUCCUAUGGUCGGAACUGAAUAUGGACAGAUAGAGGGACUAUGCUAGGAAAUUUUUAACCUAUCCGACCGCGACAGCUGGUGGCAUUUCUCUCAUCACGGCGAGGAAGAGACUGUGGUCAAGAAUAACAGCAACACAACCACCGGUAAUGAAAAUGACACACUCAGUUUUUUAUUGCUGCUGCAUUUCAGAAUAGAUGGAGUGGCAGCAGCGCCGAGUGGGGGUGGGGGUUCCUAAAGCUCAUUUAAUGGGGGCUGAGAUGUGACCAGAAACAUCAUACAGUGUAAAAUGAUAUCCCAGUCAAACAUGUUCAUUCACCAGUGUCGGCACAGGGACAGAGACGUUGAGGCGAUUUCUAGAGACAAGCCUUGGAUGUGCAGGACAAGUGUUUCACUCCUAUUUGAUUGCACUGUGAAUUAUCUUUUCACUUUCAUCCUCCUUUGCAUAGAUGUCUUCAUUUGCAUGUUGUCUCUUGGGUAUAAGAGCAGAUGGUUCUCUCACAGAGGUAGAUGGCGAGUGUGUGUAAUGGUGCCUAUUGUGUUGAAAACAAGAUUCAAAGAUGAUCGCCGAGCAGCUGUGGUGACAUGUGAGACGGUCCUGCGUGGGACAGUGCAGAGUAGUUAGAAAAAAAAGGGUGCCUCUAGCAUAGGAAAGCAUCAUUAUGAUACACUGAUACUGAGUGAAUAGACUGGAGACACAAGUGAAACUCUGUGAACUGUGUGUCAGCUGUGAAAGGUUCAUUUCUUUGGACUUUAGACUAAUAGAUUUUCUUUCCUGAUGAAGCUGUGUGGUCUGAUUAUUUGUCCAAACAGGCUUGUGUUGUAGUCAAGAAGCCUCAUUACUAUUGCAUUCAAUCAUAAUUAAUAAUACAUUAAAAUGUUGAUUAAAUGAAGCAUCGCUCAAGGACUUAUUCUCAUGUGAUGGUGGGAUGCUCCCAGGAAGUGAAAAAAUACCAUCUCUGUUUACAAAGUCAAGGGUACUUGAAUGCAUCAUCUUUGAGGAAGUCCUGGAUUUUAGAAGUUAACAGUGUAUUGACACUUCUCAGACUAGUAAGGUUCUGUUUAUGUGUUUGUGUUUCUAUCCUUGCGAGGUAUUUCACUGUCAAAUUAAGUACAUGGAAGAAAUGGAUGAUCGGGGUCUAUAAAGUUUCUAAUUUAGUUCUGCUCCAGGUUACCCCAUCCAGUUGUUUUCUUAGUGCAUCCUCAAUUUUCAAAAAAACAACUUCUGAGGUGCCGCGUGAUGAUGGUUAUGCAACAAUCUGAAGAGUGUUCUCCGUCUGAGUGCAGGGAGAUGUGAGUACAAAGGAAAAGGCUAACUCAGACUGCAUCCUUCCCUCCUCCCACCCUGCCUACUCCGGCUACAGCUGAGGUUAUGUGGGGGGUUCACAGCUAAUUCCGGAGCAAUUAAACGCACAAGGCAGGUGUUAUCCCAACAAGAUAAUCCAAGACAGUCCAUCAGAUCAGACAACAGCAUUGAUUUUGUUCCAGUUGUUAUUAUUGACAUCUUUUCUAUCAUCUUAGUGCACUUGAACAGCCUUGGCACUGAAUGUCGUAUAUCCAGGCCAGGUGACCCACUACUCUUUGAGAUCUGUCAUGUAGGCGUCCUGUCAUAACUGUCAGAAUAGAUCCUAUGACAGUAACAACAGAUAGAAUGACUGUGACUUCUCUUGACACCUGUCAAAACACCUUCAGCCCUGCAGAUAAACUAGUUUGACAUUUUUAUACAUUAAUGACAUUGGUGUUAAGUGACAUGAAAAUGUUGUUCUGUGUGUUUCAGUUGCCCAAAGUGCGGCCAAGGCAAGAGCCAGCAACCGCCACAUCCGGCAUCAUGAUGGAGGGGGGUAUGCAGCUGCUCAACCGGGAUGGCCAUAGCAUCUCGCACAACUCCAAGCGCCACUACCAUGACUCGUUUGUGUCCAUGAACAGGAUGAGACAGCGCGGUUUGCUGUGUGACAUUGUUCUUCAUGUCUCCAACAAAGAAAUCAAGGCACACAAAGUGGUGCUGGCAUCCUGCAGCCCCUACUUCCAUGCUAUGUUUACGAGUAAGUACCGUCCACAGUUUUAUUCCUAUAUACACCAUCUGUAUGCAAAACAGACAUUUGAAGCCCUGGUAUGACACAGCCACUCAUGUGUGCAGUGAACACAAACUUAUCCUCUCAGAAUCAUCAGUUCCUUCCCUGUCUUCCUGUCUGGGGCACAGGUGGUCAGACGAGAUCUGUGAGUCAGAUUUCUUCCUGACUGGACUUUUAUGAGGAUCAAGUUUGUCUCUAGACAGUCAGUUGUCUGGCCUUGGGACUCAGCUGUGUGGUUUCCCUUAGUCUGAUCUGAUCAGUCUCUAACUAGCCCAUGAUCUUUCACCUCCAUCACCCCUUAAGCUAAACCCCUGCUCCCUGAAGACAUUGUUUGGAUUUCUACUAACAGGAGAUGAAAUCAUGUUUGACUGUUGAUGUUAAACCUCUUAAUGCCGAGUUCUGCAAGCACACCAGUGUUGUGCAAGAGUUGAAUAGCUCCAGGAAUUUCAGACAUCCCCGCACACACACAAGUGAUUAAAUGGACACCAACAACUUCUGACAUUUGGCAGUGGUGCUGUAUACAUUAGGAUAUUCCAUGUGUCAGCAUGACUGAACAGGGAGCCAGAUGCACCACCGAGAGUCUGACUGGUUUGUAAUGUGUUGAAAAAAUAUAUUCACUCCUGUGUGCCAUCAUGCAGAUGAGAUGUCAGAGAGUCGGCAGACCCAUGUGACCCUUCAUGACAUUGACCCUCAAGCUUUGGAGCAGCUGGUCCAGUAUGCCUACACAGCAGAGAUUGUGGUGGGAGAGGGCAAUGUGCAGGUAGAGUCAAAGAUUUCAGAUCAACAGUCAGGAUAGUCAGAUUUGAUUUUUGUGUGUUAAAGUGAUACAUCUAAGGUACUGCAAUUGGAUAUUUUACUCAUGGUGUAUUUCUGCAUGAAACUGUCCUCUGUCCAGACAUUGCUCCCAGCAGCAAGCCUGCUACAGCUCAAUGGAGUGCGCGACGCCUGCUGUAAGUUCCUCCUCAGCCAACUGGAUCCUUCCAACUGCCUGGGCAUCCGAGGAUUCGCCGACACGCACUCCUGCAGUGAUCUGCUCAAGUCUGCACACAAGUAUGUCCUGCAGCACUUUGUGGAGGUGUCCAAGACAGAGGAGUUCAUGCUGCUGCCCCUCAAACAGGUGGAGUAUGUUUUUUUCUGUUUCAUGAUCUCUGCUGCAAACUGGUGCUUUUAAAGAAAGAAAUGUAAUGAUGGAGCCUGGGCGAAUAUCAGACUAGUGGGACCUUCAGUGUGAGGUUAGAAACCUCGUCUACAAAAAUUGUUUCUAAAAAGGUCUAUUCUCUAUUUUUUUUUAGUGGUUGGAGACAUGUAAUAUUAGAAUGUACACAUUUCAGUGGCCACAGCUGUUUAAACAGCAGCAUUAAAAUGUGUCCAAAAUACACACACACACACACACAAAGAACCCUUUAAAGAAUCUAAAUAAAUUCCAGCAUCUUCUUCAGAUCUCUUUCCUCCAGCAGCCCAGCUGCAGGAAUCCAGACUAUUUUUUGAAAAAUUGUUACCUUAACAGAAGUUGCCAAAGCGUCUACUGUGUUAAUCUGGAGGGCCUCCCUUCACCCUCAGCUGGCUGCAUCAAUCACUGUCUCUCAUGGUUUUAUCAUCCUGAUUUGCUUCCAUGGACGACUUUAUCUGGCACGCCAACCAUCACUCAUUGCUUAGCUGGGUACAGCAGUGGUAGGACUGUGUAGAGAUGUGUAAUCAUGCAAAGACGGACAUUUUUACAGCUGCUGCACUGUUUAUAGGACAUCACAAAAAGGCUGCUUUGGCCAGAUAAUAAGGACAGUAAAGUUAUCUUUGUAAAGGACUUAACGGUGUACUUUUUGCAAGCACAAGGCAGAAAUGAGCAAACAUAUGCUAUAGAAACACAAGGUAGCACUUACACAAGGGGACCAAUUUUAAACCAAAGAACACUUAAAAACACAACAUAUACCAGACACAGUGAAGCUGCAUGAACAGAGGGCAGCAGAUUGUAAAGUAAAAUCAUAAAGUCAUGGAAAAUGUUCAAACUUAGGGGAUGGACAGCUGAGUUUGUUUGUAGCCUGUAACUGUGAAGCUUGCCGGUCUGAUUCCAGAGAAGCUAAUUAACCUGCUAAAGCUAUUGUCUAUAAGGUGCCUGCAAACAGCUGCUUUGUUUAAGUUGGUGGUUUAGCACAAAUCAGGCUGUGGUUGAACUAGAAGCUGUGGGUGUGAAUAAUAUGUGUUGGGCUGUUUUCCUCUUUCAUUUUUUCAAGUUUUUGAAGAGGCUCUUGUCGGUUUAGCUGUUGCCUUGGUGAAAGAAAAAGCUUUUAAAAAAUGUAAGUACAGUAUUCAAACGUGAUAAAGGGGAUAUCUUAUCGGCCAAAUUUAAAUACUGAAUCUGAACCACUCAGAAGUAGAUUUAUAGCUCUGAUAUUAAUUUUUGGUCAUCACAUGGGUGAAAGAACAACCCAAAGCUGCUAUUUUGUCACAGGAAUAUUCCCCAUGUUGAAAUACAGAGUAUAAAAAACAGUUCAAGUGAUGAAAAACCCAGCAGGUUCUUCCAGUCAGGUGUAGUAAAGAGUCUUAAUCGAGGAGAGAACGGCAUCAUGUCCUCUAUGAUUCAGUGUCUGUUAUGAACAAAAGCCUGUUGAGCUUCGUCAGUGACAAUGAAUUAAAGCAUCUGUGAAAAGAAGUAACAAACGCUGCCAGCAUCGCUCUCUUAUCAUCUUCUCUCGAAGGAACAAUCCCCACAGCACUAAAGAGAUUGGUCUAUGAGAGUGAAAUGCCAAGCUUCAUUCUCUCUCUGUGUAGCAUUGAAAUGAAACUGAAUCUGAGAUAGGAGUGUGUGGGCACAGUCCAUUAAAACUGAGAGAGUUAAGCUGCAGAGAGGCAGAUUAAAAACAGACCAUUUUCUUUUUCUUUGUCACUAUCCCUGCGUCUCUGGAGUUCCUUUGGCUCAGGACCCCAUUCUGUCUACAGCUGCCCUGUGUCUGUCAUAAAUCUGUACCAGAUCUGAAUUUAUGUACUGGCUGCCUUAAAGGACUCUGUGCUCACAGAACUGUGAAAUAUGCCCCAUAUUUCUCUGCAUGUUCUGCCAAGGAAGUGGCGAGGCAUGGCUCAGUUGUGGCUAGACUGCUUUUGAGAUGUUUGUCAUUGUGUGAGUUUCAUUAUAAAACAGCCUCAUUAAAGUUACGUAUAAACUCAGUCUUUUAUUCAUACAUCCCUAUCUAUCUGUCUACCACAAGACAGUUAAUACAUUUUAAAAAACAGUUUUCUUUAAGACUCCUCACACAGACCAAGGUUUGUUAAAGUCAGUGUGAUUCAGCACAUAAACACAGAGUCAAAGGAGCUUGCAGGGUUGAGCAGCAGCAGCAACAGCAGUUUUUCUCAGUUUGUGACUGGAUUAGCAGAAGCUGUUCCUGGGAGGCUGCUAACUGUUGCCCUGAUCUGGCCUGGUAAGACAGCAGCAGCAGCUGGCUGCCCUAGCCCCACCCCGCCCUGCCAGCUUUGGGCUGAUCUGGGAACUGUGCCAGCCAGCCACUCAGACUGCAGCACUCGUGCCACAGGCACACACAUAUUAGUAACUUCAAUACAUCAAAGCCAGACUGCACACUCAUGGACAAAAAUAUAACACAAGCAUUUGUGUAAAUGGUGAAAGUUAAAAUGGUGCCUAGAGGGAUUUUGCUUCGCUUCAUCUUGAGCUGUUGAAUUCAUUUAAAUGAAGGAUGCCAUUUUGAAACAGCUCUGACAACUGAGAGCUGCCCAUGCUUCUCCUGUCUGAAUGGAGUGAAGCAAAUCAAGAGGAGGAGGAGGAGGAGGAGGAGGAGGAGGGAGUGAAGUGAAGCAUCAGCUCUGUAGACACAGUCAUGUACUAAGAGCAGGAAUUAUUAAAAUUAUUAAUAUUAACAUUAAUAACAAUAAUAAUAAUAAAAAAUAAUAGUAAUAACGUGCAUUUAGCUAACAUAAUAUAAGUCAUGCUUAUUGUUAUGUGAAUUUUUUUUCUCUUUUUGGUUCUCUGUUUAAACGUGCGUCACACUGCAGGUGGACUCUGAUAGUCUAUCAACGGCUCUGUGAAUCUGGAUGAUAUUAAGUCACUCUUGAAAAUGGUUCUAUAAAAUGUCUCUGCCUUUUGUUCUGUCCUCUGCAUCCAGGUCUUGGAUUUGAUCUCAAGUGACAAUCUCAAUGUUCCAUCUGAGGAGGAAGUGUACCGAGCUGUGUUGAGCUGGGUGAAACACGAUAUAGAUGGACGCAGGCAACAUGUACCCUGGGUAAGACUUCCUACAUUUGUUUAAAUUUAAAUACACUUGGGUAAACUACCUCCACUACAUUUAUUCAUUUAUUAUUUAGCCCCUUUUUUUAAACCCAAACCUACAACCCACUAUCCUCCUCUCCUUGUUAGCUGAUGAAGUGUGUGCGGCUCCCGCUGCUCAGAAGAGACUUUCUGAUGAGCAAUGUGGACACAGAGCUGCUGGUGCGUCACCACUCUGAGUGUAAAGACCUGCUGAUCGAGGCUCUGAAGUAUCACCUCAUGCCUGAACAGAGGGGAGUUCUCAGCAACAGCCGGACACGCCCGCGGCGCUGUGAGGGUGCCAGCCCUGUGCUAUUUGCAGUCGGUAGGUGUGCCCCUACAGGUACCCUCUGGGCUACCCUACACUAAAUUAAGGCCAGACACUGAAUUACUGUUGCAUCUGAUAUCUCUCUCUUUGCAUUCAGUUUGGAGAUAAGUUAAACUGAGUUAAUAAUACGAGAUCGGAAGAUGUCAUCUAGUAUGUUACAUGUGUUACGAGCAUACUGUUGUAAGGUCAAACCUCUAUUUGAACGUGAAUCAAAUGAAAAACCAGAAAUGCCAAUUUUGUCUUUCUUGUUUGUUCAAGAUGUGUAAAUCUGUCAUUUAGUGUUUUGCUCGUGUGUGUAUGCUCUUGGAACUUUUCAGUCAAAAUCCUCCCAGAACAUUGGAACUUAAACAUGAUUUAAAUGAUAGUACACUUUACGUGGCACUAAUCACAGAAAUAUUCAGAGUUUUUUAAAUUGCUUUGAUGAAUGAUGGAAAACCAUUUUAUUAUGGUGUUUGGUGUGUUUCUAAAGGUGGUGGAAGCCUGUUUGCCAUCCAUGGAGACUGUGAGGCGUAUGACACCAGGACAGAUCGCUGGCACAUGGUGGCAUCCAUGUCCACUCGGCGGGCCCGGGUGGGAGUGGCAGCUAUUGGGAACAGACUCUAUGCUGUCGGAGGGUGAGUUACUAAAAGAUUUUCCCAUGGGAUAGGAACUGUGAUGAUUAUUUACAUGUCAAAUAUUCCUGAGUGGGUUAAUUUAAGUAAAAGCUGUGGGCUUUAGCCUGGUGUCUCCAGAGAGCCUCUUAUCUUAGUUGCAAACUGCCUCUUUAACUUCGCUAUUUUUCAUUUCCAUCUGUUGUUUUUCUAAUCAGAGUUGUUUUGAAGCACCAAACUGCCAUUUUCAAUCAUCUAAAACCAGUCUCUGAUCCAACCCCUCAGGUAUGAUGGCACAUCAGACCUUGCAACUGUGGAGUCCUACGAUCCCAUAACUAACUCUUGGCAACCUGAGGUUUCCAUGGGAACACGGCGGAGCUGUCUGGGUGUAGCUGUCCUGCAUGGGCUGCUGUAUGCUGCAGGGGGUUACGAUGGAGCUUCUUGCCUCAAUAGGUGCACACAGACUGAUGUUUGAUGAUGACCCCCAAGUAUUGUGAUACAAAGUUCGCCACAUUGUUGUACUCUGUCUCAGUUUGGUGGAUAGUUACCUCAGCCCAGGUCUUAAGAUAGUGUUUGAACUGAGCUGCUCUACAACAUGAUGUUAUUCUUUCUAUCUCUGUUAGUGCUGAACGUUAUGACCCUCUGACCAGUACAUGGACCUCGAUUGCUGCUAUGAGCACCCGAAGGCGAUAUGUUCGAGUAGCAACUCUUGGUAGGAGUUUUCCAUUCACAUUCUAGUUUUCAGCAUGUUUAUGUUUCCACUGUCUACAUAUUAAUGUGUAAACCACAGGGGAAUUACCAGCUGGGUACUGGACUGCUAAUAUUUACAUUCUCAGUGUUUACUCCCUUCUCCCCUCCAGAUGGCAGCUUGUAUGCAGUAGGAGGUUAUGACAGCUCCUCACAUCUCGCAACUGUGGAGAAAUAUGACCCUCAGGUGAGUUAUGUGCUGUUGAAUUUAUCAUCAAAGUAGCUGGUCUGUUAUCAGGAAAAACAGAAAAUGAAGACAAGAUCAGACACAGUGGAUGAAUCCAUGAACAUGUGACUGAUGCUUGUUUUGUUUUUCAAUAACAGAGCAACACAUGGACAGCCAUCGCCAACAUGCUGAGUAGGCGCAGCAGUGCUGGGGUGGCAGUGCUGGACGGCAUGCUGUAUGUAGCUGGAGGCAAUGACGGCACCAGCUGCCUAAACUCUGUGGAGCGGUUCAAUCCCAAGACCAACACCUGGGAGGGAGUGGCCCCCAUGAACAUACGCAGGUUGGUCACCGGUCAAGAAUUUUUCUGAAUAUAAAAAAUAUAUAUUGGUAUUAGCAAGGCUUGAGAGUACCACCAUUUCACUCGUAUUUGCAACUAAAAAAUAGAUGUGUGCAAAUUGUAAAAUGUAUUUAGGGGCACAUGCAACAAAUGUUUUUUCAUGUAAAUACUGCGGUGAAGUUAGUUUUAGGUUGGCUAUCCGACGGACAUUCACUGCUGAUCUGUCGGUGUCUUAUCACUCUCCAUAACCGCGAAUAGCAACAUCAGUGUGGUUAAAUCUACUCUGCACUCACGCUGUCAACGUCGGGUGUUGAAUAAGGGACCAUCAAUAAUUUACUGGUUAAUGUUCUCAAAAAAGGCUGUUUUCCUUCAAUAGCUUCUAUGUCAUGUGACCAAUUGACCUAAAAUUGAUUUCAAAUAAUAGUAUUUAUGUCAACCAAUAAGACACACCUCUUUAUUUCCCUAAUUUGUCCUCAUAAAAUUUUUGUGUUAAAUUUAAAGGCAAAUUUUGAACAUUUUCUUCAAUAGCUUCUAUGUCAUGUGACCAAAAGACCUGAAAUUGAUUUGAAAUAAUAGUAUUUAUGUCUGCCAAUAAGACACACAUAUUUCAUCAAUUUUCAUUGUGCCCCUAAAGUUCUUUGUGUGCUCCUUACUUUUUCAACUUAGGAGAACAUGAUCUCCUAAAUUGAAAAAAGUUAAUGUCAAGCCCUGAUUAGAAAGAAACUACUAUUACAAUAUUUUUCCUUUCUCCAAUGUAUUGGACUGUGAAUAAAUGUUAGCACUUUAUACCAGACAUGUAAUUCAAGAGACAAUUAAGUUAAAAACAAUUGUGCUUUUAUCAGUUGGAUCUUUAAUUCUGUAUUUUGCUUUAAAAUCAAAUCCCCCCUCUGCUUUACUGUGUGGUCAGCACUGACACAUACCUGGUGGAACUUGUACUUACAGCACCUCCCUGAUAGCUGAAUGUCAUAUGAGAAUGCACAUUUAUUUUUACAUAUUAGAAAAUCAAACAAAACAGCGUGUUCAAGUACGCAGUGCAAUCAGUUGCCUGACAGUCAAUUUAUUGUUUUCCUCUUAACUGUACAGGGCUGAUGUUGAUCCAAUACUUUACAUUAAAGAGAGAGGAAAAAGGAAAAGACAGAGCUGUAGAGAAUUAAGAUAAUGUAGAAUAGAGGCACAGGAAAGGCUGUGGGGAAUUUAAUUAAUGAGACCCACCAUGGUGAUUAUGAUGACCGGGUUCUACUCUUUACCCUGCACAGGUUAAACCUACAAUAAUAAUAAAAAAGCUAAAAUCAAUUUGCUUCAAACUGAUGAGGUGUCUCUGUUAAGGUACAUUUGUUGAGACCUUCCUCUCUGUAUCAUGGAAAGCUUCUUAUAUGAUGACUUGUAAAAGAAAGGCUCAUAUGAUGUAUGUUUGAGAAAUACUGUGGUUCCCUCAAAAUAAAACUUGUGUUCCUGCUCUUUUAAAACUCCUGAAGGAGAGGGAUUUGGAGCGUUUUGAUGCCUUCAGUGCCUGAACCUUGUUACAGCAUAAACAGUGUUUUUAGUAAAAAUAAUCUAGCAGAUCUAGCAGUCUUUGUUUGGAGAAUAAACACCAGAAUCAUUGGUUCCCAAGGCCUUUAGAGCACAUACACAUCAUCACAUUUUGUUUUGUGUGAGUCAGUUUAGGAACAGAGAAACCUGACAACAGUCUACUGUGCAGCCCUAUGAAUAACCCAUGUGCUAAUGAGUGUGCUAGCUUUGACUGCUUUUCUUAUCCAGUUGCUAAGGAGGGUCCAUUGACACAGAACACCCAGAACUUCACAUGUUAUGUAUUGAUCUCUUCAUAACCUCACACAUUGGACAGUUUGAUAAUAUAAGUUUCAUAAUAUAAGAAAGAAAGUAUACAAAGAUCACAAUAAUCGAUAAAAGCUAAAAAAGAAAAUAUGGUCUUUUUGAAUUAAAAAUAAGGCUGAAAAUUUCUCAUGGAAUUCAGACACUAAAUAGAUUUGUGAUUCCCUUCCAGGAGCACCCAUGACCUUGUGGCCAUGGAUGGCUGGUUAUAUGCAGUGGGAGGUAAUGAUGGCAGCUCUAGUCUCAACUCAAUCGAGAAGUACAACCCACGCAGCAACAAAUGGGUCGCAGCCUCCUGCAUGUUCACACGGCGCAGCAGUGUAGGCGUGGCUGUGCUGGAGCUGCUGAACUUCCCACCACCCUCCUCACCCACCCUCUCAGUGUCCUCCACCAGCCUUUGACACGGGGUCACCACUUGGCUGACCUCAGCCUCUGCUGCUACAGCCCAGACUGGCUCUGGGAAGAGACGCAACUGUUCAGUUUAAGAUGGGGUGGAGGAGGAUGAUGGGAGUGGACAGGUAAAAAGAUGGAGGGAGAAGAAAAAAGGUAGAAGGCUUUUUGCUCACUUAUCAUACAGUGCCCUCUAGAAUUGGUGGCACCCUUGGUAACGAGUGGCUGACCAUAGUUUAAGUUUCGCACUUAAAUUUAAAAAGUCAAGAAAUUUGAAACAGGUGCAGUUCCCUUUAACAUUAAAGGACAUGUUACAGGCAUAUGGUAUUCCUUUUAAAGAAGCCGGGUCACAGCUAAAGAAAUGACCUACCAUAAUUUUUCUGAUUUAUUAAACUAUCAAACCAACGUGGCUGUUGUUUAGCAAGUUUGCCAUUUGAUCUCGACUGCACUGUAUAUAAUGUGGAUGCCUGUAACUCCACCGUAGAGAUACCAGCUUCCACUCCCAGGUAAAGAUGUAUUUACACUGACUGAUCCUUCCUCCAGCCCCACUUUUUUAACCACUGCAGUGUUUGACACACUCAUAGUGAAACAUGGUGGACACUUAAUUCUGACGUGUUUUAAAUGUUGUUGAUGUCCGUUUCUUUUCUUCUUCUUCUUCUUCUUUUUUUUUUUUUUUUUUUUUGCAAUAAUCUACAAAAAAGAUGAAUUGAAUGAUUUUACUUUUGGAAUGUAGCUUUUGACUGGUUAUAUCAAGCAUGUUUACAUCUUGGCAUUGACUCUUAACAGGAUAAAAUUUGAUAGUGCUGCUAUGCCACACUAGGUGGCAGUAAGAGGCAAUGUUAGAACCCUUCCCCACAGUGAAAGUGAGCAUGGACACAGACUUUAUUGACAAGUGAGGCCCAGGGAACUGUAAGCGAGUUUGGAUUGUUUUUUGUCUUUUUUGUAUAAAAUAACUAUUGUGUUGAACUUUGUGUUUAUGAAAUUGUAAAAACUAUAAUAUAUUCUGUUCAAUAGAGGCUCAGAGAAGGAAACCGAAAAGGCCUAUAUAAGAGUGUUUCAAUAUAUUUAUUUUAGUGUUUGUGUGGUCAUUGAAAAUGACAGACAAUGUCUCAGUGUGAGAGUUUCUCCAAGUUCAGAGGACGUGAAUGCAACAUUUGAUUUGCAUUUUGUAAUAUUUCUUCACUGCCACAGACAAGAUCUCACAUGAGUCUGUAUCUAAUGUCUGCUACAUUUGUACAAAAAAGUAACUUACAGUCCAUUGGCAAGUCUGCGAAAUAAUUCUAGAAAUCCCUUUUAACUACCUGUGAAUAAACAUGGAAGUGUAUGUAGACUUUGAAUACGUUACAAGUGAGUACUAGUUUACCUGAAGUGUUCCAACACUCAACACUAAUGAGUAAUGCUGUUGACACUUGGUGCUGUCAUAUCCCAUUCCACACUCUAUCAAGUGUGAUGUCUUGUUAAAUUACCUCAUUGUUGAAACGUAUCCAGCUGAAAGUUAAAUGAGAAAAAAAAUCUAAUAUACCAGCUGCAGAACAUGUGGCAGAUGAUUUCUGAAAUAACGACUUAAGUCUUUUUGACUUUAAGAUCAUUUCAGUUCAUGUGUAGCGCAGUGAUACCAUUCCAAACUUCUGAGAAGUAACCCUUUUUUUCCUUAUUUUAAAGGAUUUUGUUCAUCUGAUUUUGUUUGUGUAAAACUACCUUAAUUUUCAUUUCUUGAACCCAGCAGAAAACGGGCUGUGAUGGUCUUAUGGAGAGGUUGCUUGUCUUUGAAGGCAUCAUGAGAAAGGCGCACAAACCACAGAAAACUUAGGCCUCCAUUCUGUCUGCUGACUGAACUGUAAAUAGAAAAGAUUGCUAUCUUAAAUCCAUGUGUGCAAUUUCAAAGUGACUGUAGCUUUUUUUGUCUGUCUUCGACGUGGUGAUAAUUGUUUACCUAUAUUUAUUUAUGAGGAACAUUAUAAUGUUGAAUUUUGCAAUGUUGCGAAAUGGAGCAAUACACUGUUAUAAAUGAAAUAAAGAUGUUUUCAAACGUGA